AUGGAAGCUUUCAUGCGCCUAGUGGACUACGUUGUCGAAUACGAGUCUGAAUUCAGUGCCGCAUCAAAGGACAUCUCGAAAAACGCUCUUGUGAUGCAACAAGACGAGUUGAGAGAGAUGUGGUGCAAAGCGAAAGCUGCCCACGACGACCUCAACAGCAAAGGUGACAUGUCCUCAAAGGACUAUGCCCUUAUUAAAAAAAAAUUCAAACUAGGUGGUCAAUGCUACAUACGUUGCAUGGGGGCAAUGAAGGAUAUGUCUGAGAUCCUCUCAACCCCCAAAGACACAGAAAAAUCUGCUGAGGUAGACAAUAACCACUCCCUUCCGCCUUGCGAUACGGAUGUUUUCAAAGGGGACUACCUUUCAUGGCCAACAUUCCGGGAUAUGUUCACGGCCGUAUACAUCAAGAGCAAGCGCCUUUCACCAGUUGAGAAAUUGUACCACCUCAACAAAAAGACACAAGGGGAGGCGAAGGUUAUUGUGUCUAAAUGCCCUCUUACCAACGAUGGUUUUGCGAUGGCAUGGAAGGGUUUGACGGACAUGUACGAGAAUGAGCGAAUUCUCGUCGAAACCCAAGUCGACAUACUGCUCGACUUACCGUCAAUCGACAAAGAGUGUUCCAGUUCGAUAAAAUGGCUACAGCGGGAAAUCAACAGCUGCAUCUCCUGCCUGACAGCCAAUAAAGUGGACAUUGGGAACUGGGACCCAAUCAUAAUCCGCAUAUGUUCCAAGAGACUGCCACAAGCAACAUUAGCCCUGUGGGAACAGUCUGUAAAGAACAAAACAAAGACAUCGAAGUGGGAGGAAUUGGACAACUUCCUCACGGAUAGAUACCGUGAUUUAGAGGCAAUAGAACGUGCCAAGAAAUCGUCCAAUUCUGUAAAGCCUGUCAGUGCACCCACACAGAAUAAAUACAACAACAAUAGCCAUCAGAACAGACUCGGCGCCUUCCAAGUAAGCGUUGAGAAAUCAACAUGUCUGAUGUGCAAAAGCGCAGAUCACAAAUUAAGAUCUUGCCCCAUGUUUCUUAACAUGGCACCGGCGGACAGGAUCAAGUUCGCUAAGCGCAACAAUCGCUGCAUCAAUUGCCUCGGCUUUGGGCAUUUAGUGUCGCAAUGCACCAGUGCAUUCAACUGCAGCACGUGCCACGCGAGGCAUCACACACUCCUACAUUUGAGGACAGUGCAGCCUAGCAGCCAAAGAGGCUCAUCUACGCCAUCGGACGAGAUUCCGUCUACGUCCAGGCAAGCGCAGCAGAGACGCAACUUCAACAAGUCGAAAGGCAAGCCAACGACUCAAGUACAGUCGUGCUUCGCUAACAGCGACAAAGGUGUCUUGUUAGGAACGGCACAAAUAAGCAUAAAUUACAGCGGCGUUACUUAUGCCGCAAGAGCACUCAUCGACUCCGGGUCAGAGUGCUCUUUCAUCACAGAAAGGCUGAAGCGCAGAAUCAACUUGCCAGUGCGGAAGAUAAAUGCCCAGGUGUCAGGCAUCAACAACACCGUAUCUGCGCAAGUGAAGGAAUCAUGUUGUGUCGAGUUGCGGUCACCAAUAGACCCACUUAUAUCGAUCACAACGAACAUGAUGGUUCUGCCGAAAUUAACGGGAAACUUGCCGACUUGCCAUAUUAGCGCACUAACUCGGCAGGCUUUCCCAGAUCUCACGUUGGCGGAUAAGAGGUUCUUCGUCAAUGAACCCGUGGACGUCAUACUCGGUGGUGACGUCUAUCCCCAGAUUAUGCUGGAUGGCAUACGCAAGAACGUGCUGGGAUCACUUCUUGCGCAAGAGACAGUGUUCGGUUGGAUAGUCACAGGGCGUGCUAAUACAAUUAAGCCAACCAACACUUGCGUCUCUUAUUAUAACGAAAUAUCGCUGGAAAAGCAGUUAGCUUCGUUCUGGGAAUUGGAAGAGAUCUCCAAGGAAAAGAAAUUAAGCGAGGAGGACAGGUACUGUGAAGAGCUCUAUAAAGAGACAACGAAGCGAAAUGAAGACGGGAAAUACGUUGUAUCGCUACCAUUCAGGAAAGACUAUCCGGUCAACAUUAGUCUAGGUAGUUCCUUAAAGAUUGCGUACUCCCAGUUUUAUCGCAAUGAAGCUCGUUUGUCCAGAGACGAGAACCUGCAAAAAGAAUACAACAGAGUGUUAAACGAAUAUGUUGAGCUGGGUCAUAUGGCAAAGAUACAUACCAAUCAAACGGCCGACUCUAGUAACAACUAUUACCUGCCUCACCACGCCGUAAAAAAGGAAGAGAGCACAUCGACAAAGGUGCGUGUGGUGUUCAAUGCAUCGCAAGCCUCUUCAAACGGCACUUCGCUGAAUGACAUCCUUCUCCCCGGUCCAGUUCUUCAGGCAGAUUUGACCAUAUUAAUUCUGCGAUGGCGUUUAUUUAAAUAUGUUUUCAAUAGCGAUAUUGAGAAAAUGUAUCGCCAAAUCCUAUUGAAAGCUGAUCAAACGAAGUACCAGCGAAUCGUUUUCCGCAACCAUCCGACCGAACAAACAAAUCUUUUUGAAUUGAAGACGGUAACGUUCGGAAUCAACUGCGCUCCUUAUCUGGCAAUAAGGACGUUACUCCAAUUAGCUGACGACGUUGAAAGCUCACUACCAGUAGCCUCAAACAUACUCAGGAAGUGCAUGUAUGUUGAUGAUGUCUUAGCAGGUGGACACUCUGUAGAGGCUGCAAUUAAAGCUAGAAAUGAGAUAAAAACAGCAUUGGAGUCGGCAGGUUUCCCAUUAAGAAAAUGGACAGCCAACUGUGGAAGAAUUUUACAAGGCCUUCCAAAGGACCACUUGCUAAACAAAGAGUUUUUAGACUUCGAAGACACAAGAUGGCUAGCACCGAUUAUCGUCACAGCCAAAAUGAUAAUGCAACAUAUUUGGUUGGAAGGAACACAAUGGGACGAGUUUGUAUCUCCUACCACAUUGGAUCGUUGGCACACAUUCAUGGAUAACCACAGGUAUAUAAACAACAUUAAAAUUCCACGAUGGGUCCACUUCUCGCCGACGGACGAUGUGUCCAUUCAUGGUUUCUGCGAUGCAUCAGAGAAAGCAUACGCAGCAACGGUCUACCUGCGCGUAAGGACAAGCAACGAAGUUUUCGUCAGCCUACUAUUGGCAAAAACCAGAGUAGCGCCUGUCAAAACUAUCUCUUUACCGCGUCUGGAACUGUGCGGCGCCGUAUUACUGGCCGAAACAGUUGAAUCUGUCGUCAACAACCUGGAGCUGACUCAUCUUAAACUUAAACUAUGGACGGAUUCGACCAUCGUUCUCGCAUGGAUUCGCAAGCCACCAUGUUCAUGGUCAACGUUUGUAUCCCAUCGAGUGACAAAGAUUAUAGAAAAGGUUGGCAACGCAAAUUGGAAUCAUGUCGAUUCAGGAUCUAACCCUGCAGACUUAGCCAGUCGGGGACUUAUGGCACAGGAUUUGGUGGAAAACACCUUGUGGUGGCAGGGACCUUCUUGGCUGCAAGAAGAUCAAUCCAAAUGGCCAUUACGACAAAAUGACUACGAGACGACAAUAGAGGAAAAACAGGUACGUGUACAUGCUUGUACAACAAUACAGGGGGAUUCUAACGACAUCCUUGACCGUUUUUCGAGUUUGCCGAGAGCUUUGAGAGUGUUAUCAUACGUUAUGAGAUUCUCUCAAAGAACUCAUCCGAACACAAAGGCUUCUUUUCAACAAAAGUCUUGCUUAAUUUCUUCCGAAGAAAUUAAAGCAACGACAAGACGUUUGAUAAUAAAUACGCAGAAGCAGAAAUAUGGUCAGGAGUAUGGUUGUUUGAAAUCCGGUAAGCCCAUCGAUGCAAAAAGUGAAAUCCUCGCUCUUAAUCCAUUCCUCGAUAAAGAUGAAGUGUUGAGAACUGGUGGCCGUCUCGCUCCUCAUAUGGGCGGACUUUGGGAAGCAGGUGUGAAAAGCUUUAAGAGUCAUUUCCGCAAGAUUGCGUCUGGGCAAAAAUAUACUCUUGAAGAGUUCAACACACUCUUAUGCCGAAUUGAGUCUUGCCUUAAUUCGCGACCAUUAAGCCCAGCCUCAAACGAACCUACUGAUUUGGAGCCACUUACUCCAGGACAUUUUUUGGUCGGCGGACAUCUGAUGGCCCCACCAGAACCGGAUAUAAAUGAAAGCAGUGCCUCUAUCGUAAAUAGAUGGCAAAAACUUAAGGCCUUACAUCAAUCCUUCUGCAAAAGGUGGAAAACCGAAUACCUGAAUGAAAUGCAGAAGCGUAUUAAGUGGAAACAUUCCAAAACAAAUUUAAAGACAGGUGACCUUGUCGUCAUCAAAGAAGACAAUUUGUCACCGAACGAGUGGAGAUUGGGUAGGAUUGUCAAUAUACACCCAGGUGCUGAUACCCGAGUGCGAGUAGUUGACAUUAUUACUGAAAAAGGCCAAGUUACAAGACCGCUUGCCAAAUUGGUCUUACUACCACCCUACGAGGAGGAAAACGAGGAUGCACACCCUACUCAACACAACCGUUCCCCAGCCACAUCGGAAGCCUAG